AUGGAAGAAAUAUUGAAUAAAAAUAUAUUUGACGAUAGGGCCCUACUGAAGCUUUCCCCUGACUACGUUCCCACCAACACUUUGCUCCGGCUUGAAGCUAGAAGAAAGAUGGUGAAGGAUACUCAUAUUCACGGGAAGUUUACAUACAACCAUGGUCAAAGGAAAACAACAAAACUGUCUAAAGAUCAGGUUAAAAUGAACAAAGAGAUAGAAAAACUCCGUAAUAGCUUUCAACGUAUGAAUUUAAAAAAUGAAAUAAUGUUGAAGAAUAAUCCUCAGCCUAGAACUAUGAUAGAAGAUACUAUAACAGUUGAUAAACAAACAAAGACUAUGAAUGGGUUAAAUCUCUGCAAAGAUGUUGUUGCAUACGGCGAUGUCAAUUGUCAAGCCAAUGACAAAUAUCACGGAAAAAUAAAAAAUAAAAAUACCCUGUAUGAAAUUUCUGAAUCCAUACAUAUAGAACAUAAUAAUAAAAUCAUCGAGGAUAUUAAUUAUGAAACUACCAUCAGUGUAGAUUAUCAAUUUCACACACAAGUAGGUGAUUUAUUACAUCAAGACAAUUUUUUAAAUUUGCAUGAAACCAAUGUUUCCGAAAAUGAUUUUAAUGAUUUAAGAAUAGAGAACAGCAAAGAAUUAAACUUAGACACGCAAAUGAGUGAUUUGCAAAAUGUAUUGAUAAUGAUGGCAAUUAAUUCAAACUCCAAUGAAAAUUACCAACCAGAAGUUAAUCAGACGAAUGAAGAAAUUAUUACAGUUACAGAAAAGAAAGAUUUGGUGCUAGUGUCGACAUCUAUUGAAAAAGAGACAACGCCAGACUUUCUAAAUAUUACUCCACUAAGAAUCUUUCUAACUAGCCGUUUGGAGUUGCUUGUUAAAAAGUAUAUUGCAAAAUGGCGAAAUUGCGUGAAAAAACGAAAAGAAUACGUGGCUCAACAAAGACAAGAGGCGAUAAAAAGAUUUUUCGAAAAACUGGAGAAAAAGAAAUCGGAGACAAAUCAGCCCGAGGGUACGAAAUCCAAGAUGCUGGCGAGGGACUACAGUACUUACCAACAUAGAUAUAAGAUGCAAAAGCACAUUAUAGCCCUCCAAAAAGCGAAGCUAGAAGAACAGAACAGGUUGAUCGACGAGCUGAAAUACAACAGGAUUAUUGAAGCAUCUAAACAGUCAGUGGAUGAGAUGAGAGAGGAAGUUCGGAGGACUUACUAUGAGUUAGAUCGGCAUCUGAAACCAAAAAUCAAACUGUUGUCGAACGAACUCAAGAUUCCGGACAUAGAAGAGCCAUCUCUGGUGCUCCACUGUUUGAAGGUGCCUCAGUUUCUGCAAAGAAUGGAGAAGAGGGCACGCGAGAGGGAAGAAAAACAUGCGAUGAUACGGGAAAGAAGGAGGCAGAUGGAGGAAGAACGGAUUCGAAUGAAACAACAGGCGGAGUUGGCAAAACUGGAAAUGGAUAAAGAGGAGAAAAUAAAAAGAAUAAAAGAGCUAAGAGAGAAAAGGAAGAAGGAGAGGAUAGAAGCUAUAAGGAAGAAGCAAUACGCGGACAGAAUGCGAUCUUUAAUAGUAAUGGCAGACUUGCAUUACGAAAGAGUUUUACUAGCGAAGUACUGCAUGCGACCCUUAAAGAUGCUGAUGGAAUUGAAACGUGACAAUAUAGAGAAAGCCAAAGCACAUUACAAGUUCCAGCUAAAGAAAAACACGUUUUUGCACUGGAUGUUCUAUACUGAAGACAUGUGGAUUGAGAGGAAUUAUAAGGCAGAGAAUUUCUACAGGAAAAAGCUUCUGAGAAAGACGUUUGAGGCAUUAAAAAAGAAUCACCGGGAGUACGUACUUAGAAGACAAGUGGCCGAGGACUAUUACGAUUUUUACGUGGCUCAACUAGUGUUUAGAAAGCUGCGUGAAAACGUUGCUGUUUUGAAGAAAGAGCAAGAGGUUAAAAUGCAAAAAGCUACUCUUUACUACAACAGAAAUCUUCAAUUCAAAAUAAUAACCUGCUGGAGAACAUUGCCCGCCCUGAACGCGUUGAAGAGAGAACAAGAAGUGAGAAAAGCGAGAUGGAGAGAGAAAGUGUUGCAAGUCGUUCCGGACUACAUGCCUCCAGACGAAUGAAUGAAGUGUCUUCUACCUUCAUUCAUCAGAAUAUUUCAAUAAUAAUAGAGUUUGACAAUUCGUUACCUACCACAAAACGUAAGGCUACGUACAGCUCCAUCUAAUACAGCUGUCAAAUUUGCUGCUACAAU